ACCACCUUUCUUCUUCAAAUUUCCAAUUUUAGGCUGCAGAAGCUGCAAAGUUUGAUUUUGAUUCUGACCCAAAAAGAUAAAAAAGACAACACCUUUCCAAGAUCCUGAUUACUUAGAAAGUUCACGCCUUUGAUACACAGUGGUGUGUGUUUGUGCAUUUUGUGAUUCAGAGAAGAAGAAACGAUGUCAGGCCCUCAGUGCUGCUCAAACCCUCCAACUAUCCACCCAUCAAGUGGCUCCGGCCAUGUUGAAAAGAUUGGUGGUCUCGACUCUUAUGUCACUGGCUCCCCUGACUCCAAGCUUGCUAUUCUUCUCGUCUCUGACAUUUUUGGAUUUGAAGCUCCAAACUUGAGGAAGCUUGCUGCAAAAGUUGCAGCUGCUGGGUUCUUUGUUGUUGUCCCUGACUUCUUGUACGGAGACCCUUAUGCACCUGAAGAUGCCAACAGACCUCUACCUGUUUGGAUAAAAGAUCAUGGACCGGCCAAGGGAUUUGAAGAUGCAAAACCAGUUCUUGGAGCUUUAAGAAGGAAAGGUUUUUCUGCAGUCGGUGCUGCAGGCUUCUGUUGGGGAGGUAAGGUUGUGGUUGAACUUGCAAAGCACAACUUUAUCCAAGCUGCUGUUCUCUGUCAUCCUUCAUUUGUCACUGUGGAUGAUAUCAAGGAUGUUAAGGUUCCUAUUUCUAUACUUGGAGCUGAGAUUGACCAUAUGUCCCCACCUGAAGUCGUGAAACAAUUUGAAGAGGUUUUAACUGCAAAGUCUGAGGUUAAAAGCCAUGUGAAGAUAUUCCCAAAAGUGGCACACGGGUGGACCGUGAGGUACAAUGUUGAAGACAAAGCAGCUGUUAAGUGUGCUGAGGAGGCUCAUCAAAACUUGUUGGAGUGGUUCUUGAACCAUGUCAAGGGAAUCAGAUCAUCACUGUAGUGUUUCUUGAACCAUACCUGGACUUUUAUGUUACGAUAUAUGUAUUUAAAGAACUUCUUGGUUGUGGCUUGGGCCUCUCUCUAGCUAGAAAAAAACUCCGACUGCAUAUCCUGAUCCUUCGCAUUUCUAUGCAUCCAUCUACCACUGGAAAUGUCCUAUGCCUUGCCAAAAAUGAGAGUUAUAUAGACAUCAUAAUUUUAUAAUAAUUGAUGCGCUAUCUUUUUU